CCCAACGUGAAGAUGAAGGAGCUAUCGAGAGAUGACUUAGACGACAUUCACAAGUUCGCAGUCCAGUUGGGCAAAUAUGCUGGACAGAUGCUCAUGCAAGCUGCCAGGCUUCGCACAGGAGACACAGCCGCCCCUCAACAGCAACAACAAGAACAUGUGCAGAAGGCCAACGCGGUCGACCUCGUUACUGAAACCGACGAAAACAUCGAAGCAUACAUCAAAUCUCAAAUCACGUCGAAAUACCCAGCACACAAUUUCGUCGGCGAAGAAUCGUACUCGAAAGGAUCCUCGCGAGAGUAUCUGAUCGACGAUGCGCCGACGUGGUGCAUCGACCCGCUCGACGGAACCGUCAACUACAUUCACCUGUUUCCGAUGUACUGCGUCUCUAUCGCAUUCAUUUACAAAUCCAAACCCGUAGUCGGCGUCAUCAAUGCUCCUUUUUUGAACCAAUUUUUUAGCUCCUGCGCUGGGCGAGGUGCUUUUCUCAACGAAACUCAGCCUUUACCUCUUAUCCGGAAUCCGGUGCCUCCAAUGCCGGCCAAAGCGCCGAGCGGAUGUGUGUUUUCUUGCGAGUGGGGAAAAGAUAGGAAAGAUAUCCCGGAUGGCAAUUUGCAUCGGAAGGUUGAAAGUUUUGUGAACAUGGCUGCAGAGAUCGGAGGUCGGGAUGGGAAAGGAGGAAUGGUGCAUGGUGUAAGAUCCUUGGGAAGUGCUACAUUGGAUCUAGCGUACGUUGCUAUGGGUUCGUUUGAUAUCUGGUGGGAGGCUGGAUGUUGGGAGUGGGAUGUGGCCGCUGGAAUAGCUAUUCUCCAGGAGGCUGGAGGUUUAGUGACUACUGCGAAUCCACCAGAAAACAUUGAAACUAGCCCUAUUGAUGAAGUGAGGCUCGGAAGUCGGCUCUAUCUUGCCAUACGACCAGCCGGAGAGUCUAAAGACGAAACAGGGCGUCAAGGUCAAGAAAGGACUGUACGAGAAGUGUGGAAACGAGUGCGUCGUUUGGACUAUUCACGGCCUGGAGCAUAG